AUGAGAAUCUCUUUCUUCAUUGUUACCGGCCUCGUUCUGCUUGUGCAACUCUUUCCAGCCAGGGAAGGAGCUUAUAGAAGACUGCGCUGUAUGAAAAUGGACGGGCGCUGUGAAGCGGAAUGCCUCACCUUCGAAGUCAGGAUUGGGGGCUGCAGGUCUGAGCUGACGCCCUUCUGCUGUAAGAGAAGAGUGUACUUCAAGAACUAG